AUGCCUCGAAGGGUUCAGAAUUACGAUGACUACGGCUCUGCUGUCCAACAAAUAAUCCUAUCCACUUCAGAUGCCGAGUUCCUCGAUCAAUUAAUACCUGUCCUGAAAGAUGCGACGACAACAAAUAGGGCAGUCUCCCUAACUCAGAACCUGUCACAAUAUGCCGAAGAUCGAGAGACCGAGAUCGAGAGGAUAGGAUUGACGAAGCAUGAGGAGUUUCUGGGCUCUGUAAAUCAGCUACAGAAUGUCCGCGAGCGAACGGUGGCCUUGACUGCCGAUAUCCUCGAACUGAACCAAUCCAUUCAAGCUAGUACCGAGAAGUUGGCAGAGCAAAAGCAGGCAUUAGUCAAUACACGAGCCGUCCGAGAGAAUAUUUCUGAUGUAUCCGAUGCGCUGAAGGAAUCUCUGAAGAUAUUGCAUGCGGUCAACAAUGCCCAUGACUUGGUCCGCAAGAAGAAAUACUACGCUGCGCUCAAGUCACUCGAAGACCUCCAGAACGAAUUCCUCAUACCGAUCAUACAAAACAACUUUGCUACCCAACAUCAACUUGCAAACAUGAUACAGAAGUCCAUUCCCGCAUCCCAGAAAACCAUAUCCGAAGCCGUCAUGACCGAUCUCAAUACUUGGCUGUUCCGCAUCAGAGAGACCUCACAAUUCCUCGGGGAGGUGGCUUUCUAUCACACUGAGAUGCGUCGUACACGACAACGAGAACGCGCGGAGAACGACGAGUUUCUGAACCAUUUCAAGCUGAACUCUGCUAUCGAGCUGGUCUUCGAUGAGAGUGAGGAAUUCGAUGUGCUUGACAACGAGGAACUAAAGGUCGAUUUCACACCUCUGUUCGAGGCUCUUCACAUACACGAGGCACUAGGACAGAGUGAUAAAUUUCGGUCCGAGUAUGCUGCCACUAGACGACGACAAAAGGAACUACUCAUCCCAAGUUCUGUGAGCCUCACUACUGAUGAUGAGUCCUCCUUAAGCAGUCUGCUGGAAGGCAUUGCUGGGUUCGCUAUUAUCGAAAAGGCCACAAUGCGCCAAGCACCUCAGCUACGAACGGCUAUUGAUGUUGAGGAGCUAUGGGAUUCGAUGUGUGCCGCGGCAAUAUCCCUAACAUCGAAGGCAUUGAGCGAUAUCAAUGACGCCCAAAUCCUCUUGAAUAUCAAAGGACGUGUCGAUCUUUUCAUCCUGACAAUGGAGGGUUGGGGGUAUUCUGUCUCAAGACUUGACGAAUUCCUGGUCGAUCUAUUCGACAGAUAUGCCGAGUUGUUGAAGAGAAGAUUCAGUGAAGACUUUCAAGAGAUUGUAUCAACUGAUGAUUACAUGCCAAUGGCCAUAAAUACCCGAGAAGAAUAUGAGAAGGUGGCGAACGUUAGUUGGUUUGUUCCAGAGAAGCCCAACGACGAGCUUGUGUUCCCAUGCGUUCUGCCAUUCUCUCAAAUGUAUCCUCUGUGUUGUAUCGACAUUAGAAAUUUCCUCAACCAGUUUUAUUUCUUCUCGGAUGACCAUUUCCAGCAUCCAAACAAGAUCGACGAUACACUACGCAAGUCACUUGAUGAGCUCCUUACCGAGAAGGUGUGUAAGUCUUUGGUAGAAAGACUGAGCUCUCAGUACUUGGGUCAGAUAGUGCAAAUCUUGAUCAACUUAGAACACUUUGAGAUCGCAUGUCAGGAGUUAGAGCAACUCCUGAUCCGAGCACGAUCUUCAGCAUCCGCCGGAGGGCCCCUAACCCUAGCCGCUACCGAGCAGUUUAGGGAGAACAAGAAGACCGCCGAAAAGCGCAUCUUCGAAUUGGUGAAUUCGAAGAUCGACGAUCUGGUGGAAACGGCAGAGUAUGACUGGACUGCGUUUAAUCGACCUACAGAACCGAGCAAUUACAUGCAGACCUUGACUAGGUAUCUUUCGAACAUAAUGAACUCGACGUUACUAGGACUGCCAAGAGAGAUCAAGGAGCUCAUUUACUUCGACGCGCUCAGUCAUGCGGCAAACAAGAUUCUUGCCCUUCCCCUGUCGCCCGAUGUAAAAAAGAUCAAUCCGAACGGUGUCGCAGCGCUUUCGAUGGACGUCCAACAUCUUACCACCUUCGUGGACGGCCUCGAGAACGGCUUCAUGCUUCGAUCUAACCUGGACGAGCUGGAACAAACAAUCCAACUCCUCCAAUCAGAUAAUACGGACGAGUUCUUCGACAUCUCGACUAGGAACAAGAAGUACGGACGAGUGGAUGCUAUGAAUGGCCCAGUCCUGCUAGAGAAACUUACCCAACAAAUCGUCACUCCGGGCCAGGCUGCCCAGAGAUUCGUCAACUUCUCGUCGAACCUCUCGUCGCGGUUCGGUACUAAGUAG